GACAGACUGAGAGGCCAGCUGCCUAUCAGUACGGGACCUCUUUGGAGAAAGGACUGGAGGAAGUGUGGAGGAAAGAUUAAAACAUGAAUAAAUUUGUGAGUGAGCCGACAGAGCAAAACAGAGUAGACAUUUACUGUGUCCUGGAGAAGGUAUUACAGCAGGACACCAGGGACCUAGAGAGAGGGCUACUGAAGAAAAUAAUAACACUAGCCUUAAACCACAUGAGAGAGACUCAGCAAGCAACAAAUGAAAUAAAAGUGGCAGCUAGCAACACGUUAGUGACUCUGGCACGCUGCUAUUUCAAUAAUGUGAUAUAUGAGCUGAGGUGUCAUCUGAAACCACUGGAGCUGCCUGAAGAGUUUAUUUUAGUUAUGUUGGGCAACCUGUCAUCAGCCUAUGCACUUGAGUGUAUCCCUUUUGUGGGAAUGACCCUGAACGCCAUGUUCUCCAUGUUGGAGUUAGUCAAUGAUGGCAGGAUGAGACAAGCAUUUUGCGGUGUUCUGGAAAAAUGGUCAAGAGCAGUAAAGCUCUAUUUGACUAACUGGGAAAAGUGCCCAUUCCCCAGAACUGGCGAAUUGUGACUCUGCAAUCAUUUUCUUCCCUUGUAUUUUCAUGUGACCAGGAGCUGGUUGACCUGUGAGGAGCCGGAGCUCAAGCAGGCUAUCAUCAAAGCCCUUGAUCCCAUGAUGAGCCUCCUGCUACACAAAGAGGAGCAUCAAGAUCAGCUAUUUGAACCGAUCUCAUGGCUCCUUGAGCAAUAUAAGGAGGACACUGAUGUUUUUCACGUCACCAAGAUCUGUUCUCAAGCUAAGCCGCUCAGCGCGGAAAAUCACAUAGAGCUGGUCUGUUGUAUAGUUCUGCUAGCCUGUUCUUCUCCGGAGGAUCUGAUAGCAUUUCUGCACUCGCAGCUGAAGAUUGAGAAUGAGGCUGUUCAUGUGGCGUCUUUGAAUCUGCUCAGAGCUAUUGUUGGUGCUAACUUUCCCGAGACGAGAUAAAAAGUGUCUGAUUGUGAAGGCAGUGAAAUCCACUCUCAGUGAUCAGAAUGCUACGGUGAGGAAGGCAGUUCUUCAUUUCAUCAGGAGGCUGCUCAGCUCAGAAAGUGUGGAGAAUUGUGCAGCAUGGGAUAUGGUAGAACAUGUUUUCAGGAGUUCAGUGUGUCCACCAGCAAACUGGAUAUUCAGGAAGAAAGCACUAUCCAAACCCUGUGCAUUGACAUCCUGCAAUGUCUGGACACCUCAGUCAGUGGAAUGACCCAAGUAAGCAACCUGUUGCUACUGCUUCUUGAAAUAGGGACGUUCUUCCUUACCUUCCUUGUACCUCUCCUCAGGGAAGUUUUUUGCACAGUCAGCAUAAUGGAGGAACAGCAUUUCAAAUACAUGUCAGGGAUGGUGUGACCCCUUCAUCAUGGAUGAGACUCCCUACACCCCAGGGGCUGCUGGCACGACUCCUGGUAGUAGCCUCAUCCCCUUAUGCAGGAGAAGGACACGGAUGUGCUGCCUUGCAGUUACUACAGGCCCUGCACCACAAUAUCCAUGCAACAGUGGGUGAGAUGUGGGUAGUAAAGAUCCCAUCUCUGCUGCAGUACAUUGAAGGAAACACAGAAUUCCCUGGACCAUGCACGGUGGGAGCACAUGCUGCUUCAGUUCCUAAGAAUAUCUCUGGAGAUGAUAGACGACAGUGCCUGGAGCAGCCAGAUAAGCCUUGAGUUGAGCCAGCAGAUGGCCGGCUACGCCAGCCCCUUGAAAGAGAAGGACUACCACCAUGGGAAAAGAGGCAAGACUCGCAGCACCCUGAUGCUGACAUACAGCAGCAUGGCUGUCCAUGCUCCAAAAGACCAGCUUCUCUCCCGAGUAGAGGCAGACAUCACAGGGAACAUCCUUCACCAUUACAGAGCCAGUUGUCAGGUGCUGGGCAUCACUGUUGGGAACAAGGACAUGUACCUAAAAUUAACCCUCAUCCAGAAUGUCAUGGAGAUUAGCUGUGCCAUCUUGGAGACCAGAGACUCCCAGGAGUUCAAAUUCUCUUACAAACUGGAGCUCCUUGGCUACAUGGUGGACUUCAUUAAAAAGGAACCACUGGAUUCCAUGGCAUCUCCAGUUCGCUACAAGGCAAUGCUUGCUAUUGAACAUCUGAGCAAACUCAAACCAUCUAUGACCUUGGAGAAAAACCGUGAGCUCCUUGAUCAGUGUUUCAAAAGUUUAUUUCCCCUUCCUCCCUUGGAGAAGAUGAAAGAGGAAGCCGAGACAGCAAAGGAUGCUCUGCUUAUACAAUCACUGUACGUGAGGUCCUUGGAAGCCCUUGGCAAGCUAACGAAGGCUUUGCUGGAGGAAGAACCAACCCCCUACAACGUCGGUACCGAGCGCUCAACAGCCUGCAUCUGUGAGGAGCGCUCCUUCGGCUCCGGACCGCUCCGGUACCGCGAAGGAGCCAUGGCACCGACCCUCACUGGCACCGACGUCUGCUCGGCACCGCUCCCUGUCGCCGCGGCCCAGGAAGCAACACAGAGCUCAGGCUGCUUCAGCACCACCCGCACCACAGAAGGAGCACCCGUCGAUGACGGAUCGCCCAGCACCGUCAUCUGCCGCAGCACCACCGAGUGCGACACCGCAGAGUGCGGCACUGUUGAUUCCGGUCCCGCAAGAGCCGUUGAGUCCGGUGCCUGA